AUGGUCCAUUUCAUGGGGUUGGAUGGAAGCACUUCAGCCUCGGAAAGGGAACGCCUAAUCAACCAGUUUAAUGACCCUGCAAAUGAGAAUGUCUGGCUGUUCCUGCUGUCCACGCGUGCUGGCUGCCUGGGUGUCAAUCUGAUAGGUGCUAAUCGGGUGGUUGUCUUCGAUGCCUCCUGGAACCCGUGUCAUGAUGCCCAGGCCGUGUGCCGCGUCUACAGAUACGGUCAGAGGAAACCUUGUCACAUUUACCGUCUAGUGUCGGACUUCACCUUAGAGCGGAAGAUCUACGACCGCCAGAUCACCAAGCAGGGAAUGUCGGAUCGCGUGGUCGAUGAUCUCAACCCGGAUGUCAAUUUCACCCGGCGAGAGGUGGAGAAUCUGCUGCAUUUUGUGGAGGAGGAGCCGGAUCUGUCCCGCAAGGACCUGGAGCCCUCCACAUUCAAUGAGAUUGUGCUGCAGAAAGCCUGUACUACAUACCCGCACCUCAUCACCAAGGAUCCUUUCCAGCACGAAUCUCUUCUCCUGGAUCGUAAGGAGCAGAAGCUGACGCUGGCUGAGAAGAAAGCAGCGAAGCGCGGUUACGAGGAGGAGAAGAGGGCAUCUGUGCCCUACACCCGACCGUCCUAUACCCAGUACUACCCAGCACCAGACCACAACCUGGCAAACAUCCCAGCGUUCAGCCAGAGAGGCUGGCGGCCAUUGCUGAAGACGGAUGAGAGGCCGGUGGCCAGUGUCCGACCUCUGCAGUCCACGCCCAUCCCCAUGAUGCCCCGCCACAUCCCUGUCGGCCAUGCUGGUUCUGCCUCCGGCUCUGUUCCUCCCUUCAACUUCCCAGUUAACUACCUGCAGAGGGCAGGGGUCCUUGUUCAGAAGGUGGUCACCACCACAGAUAUCGUCAUACCCGGAAUGACCACAUCCACGGACGUGCAGGCGCGAAUUAGUGCGGGCGAGAGCAUUCACGUUAUCCGGGGCACAAAAGGAACGUACAUCCGUACCAGUGACGGGCGGAUAUUCGCCAUCAGGUCAAGCAGCAAACAGAAGAGCUCCGACGCGCGGCGUUCUGCGCAAUUAGGUGCCCAGGGGCAGAGCCUGGCCCAAGGUCCGCCUGGACCAUACAUGAGUAACGGGCGGCACGCGUCUAGUCCCUCCUCGCAGGACCGCCAGGAGCCCUCGCGACUGCUCUCUCCAGACAGCCCGGAGAUUCUCAGCGAGCUGCAGCAGUACGCAGAGGCAGCGGGCUCACGCAGCUCCCACAGCACCCCUCAACUUCCGAACCCCAACAUUCAGCUUCAAGGUCUGAUUCAGGCACCCAAAACGCAACCCAGAAAGCGGAAGGAGCACCCUGACCAGUCCAGCCAGUGGUCGUCCAGUAAGAGGCACCCCUUCAACCAGCUGCCGUACUCAGGUUUGGGCGGCUUUGGCAUCACCCCCUCCUCACUGAACCACAGCCUAUCGAGGGCAGCGAACUCUGUGUAUAUGGGGGCCGGCGGUGCUGCCUCCCGCUUCCAGCUGCCCUCCUUGCUGUCGGACCCACAGUUAGGCCUCCCGAUGGUUCCUGACCCUCUGCUGACCCCCACCUCGGGCACCUCCUCAGCCCCCUCCAGUGUACCCCCAUACCUUCUGCCCCCGUCUUUCUCUCUGCCCUUCACGCAGCCAUUGCCGGCUCAGACACGAAUGUUUGCCCCGUUCCCAUCUUCAAUGCUGAGCCGCGGACUCUCCACCAACAACGCGGCGUCGACCUUCCCCGGCUACCUCUCCCCCCAGCCCGGCUACCAACCUCCGGCCGCCGGCACUGCUUCCCACGCCCUCCCGCGAGGCGAGGGCGAGCUGGAGUCCAGCGAGGAGGAUGGGAAGGACGAUGACGUGGUGGAGGUAACAGGGAAGUGAGGACAUGCUGGCAGGAGGUGUUGGCAGAGGACUGUGCCUCCCCCGCUCUAGUUGUGGGGGUAAGUGCUCGAGCGCCCCGAGGAUACUGGGGUAACAAGCACAGUUUAAACAUUCUCGUCAUUCCACAGGGAGGGGACAGGACAGCGGGGCCCCCUCCCCAGAACUUCUGACCAUAAGACGAGGGUCGGACUUCCACAGAGACUUUCCAUCCAGAGUCCAUGUCACACGUCAGCCGCUGGGGUCUGCAUUGAGGGGUGCGCUGAUGUGUCUGGGGGGUCAUCCGCCGUUUCCUGUGUGUUGUCAGACUUGUCCUACGUUCAUAGGAGCCGUCGCUUCGAGAGAAGUUUUGUUGAGAAGUCACAUACAAAUUAGUUGCAGAUCAGACUCAUCCGGCAGGUGGUGAACGGCCGGGAAGGGGUUAAUGCCGGCGGUUUACCGUAUGUUAUCUAAUGUUCCGUCAGUCACGGGGGCGCAGUGUUAUGGGAUGGGGGAGGGGCAAUCAGAACAGGACUGUUAGGACUGAUGGCGGCCGCUCAGUGACUCGCGCUACUCUCCACGGUCAGAUGUCCAAGGGGUUAAUCCACGGGACAAGUGACUGGUGUGGGGGUCUGACAACUGGGACCCCCACUGAUCAUGAAAACGGGGGUCCUGUGUCUUGUAUUUCAGUGGCGCGGUGGAGGACGCGCGCUGCUAUUCCCUUUUAACCCUUAAGCGCUGCACCGCUGAUCUCCGGCAGAAACCUGGGGGAUGAGGGGGCCACAGAGGUAUCCACCCAGACACACUGAAGAGGAGGACCCCGGGGGUCUUCGCAGCCGACGCUCCUCCGGAUUUCACUGACCCCUCCGGUUUACACAAUUAAUUGCAGAUUUAACCCUUUACCACCCCUCCACCCCCUCAGUUUCUUUAAGGGAUAAAAUGCUAACGAUCAAAUGUCCGCGGUUAAAUAGUUCAAUGUGGUGAGGAGGCGGCCUGGUCUGUACCGCCGCGCGCACCGUCAGUUAACCCCGUCACUGCUGCCGAGGCGGCGGUAGACGGCAUAGAUGCUCAGGAUUAUCCACAGCGAGGUAUGAACGGUCUCGAGGCCCCGAGCUCCUCUCCGGCGUAACAUCUCGCACAGAUUUGCCAAAUUCAUUGAUUGCGCCCAUUACGUCUGCGCAGGAAUAUUCCCCCGGGGGGUGGUGAGGCACGAGGCACCAGUACCUCGCCGAUGUCACCUGGGCCUCGUGUGAUGCAAGGUUUCUGCCCCCAGGAAUAGUGUAGAGCGCAGGGCGGACAUUAUAUCGCCACUCACCUGUUUAUAGAUAUCUAUUUAUUUCUACGGUCUCGUGCCCAUGUCCUUUAUAUAUAUGGAAAGACGUACACGAGCAGUUACUCCGGCGGUCACCGCCGCGAGGGUCUCGACUACCUGACUUUAUGGUUUUCUUUUUUUGUAAAAUAAAUGUUUAAAUCUUAAAAAAAAAAAAAA